AUGGAUCAAGCCCAAGCCUUGUUCUUCUUGCAAUGGAUCGGCGCCCAUCGGACCCAAAUCGGCGCCCACCGGACCCAAAUCGGCGCCCACCGGACCCAAUCGACUGAAUUUUUUGAUCUUUACUUUGGAGAUGCUGCUGUCAUAUGCAGCAACAUUGGUCGCAACUAUCUGAAGAGUGCCUACUGGUUUGUCAUUGAUACAUUCAAUCGAGGGUAUUGCUGGCAUGGAUCAUUUUCUGUACGCAAUUUCCUGGUCACUGGUGAAUUAUUUAUGAUGGGCAUACCUGCACUCCACAAGACUCUUGGUUUUCAUGACCUCCUUAUUGAUCUUAGAGCCUUGAGCAAUGCUUUGCUGCCAUACUACUGUGAAGGAAACCAACUUGGAAACGUGCCUGCACUAUUCACAGACCAUCUUCAUUAUAUUACCACUAAUGUCCCAUUAGGAAUUGGACCAUCAAUUGUGUUCCAAUCUAGGUUCAUUCGUCUGAUAUACCAUCACUUCUCGUUCUCAUUGCCGGAUCAUACGUAUUCGCUGUUUUCAGCACUUGCAAUAGCAAAAAAUCAUCUUGGGCAGGAUGACGUACGCGCAUUUAAUAUUCUCCUUCGACAAGCUUGGAAUGAUUUACUGAUGGACCAGAUUGUAGUAGUUGGUCAAAAUUGGCCUGAUCAAGCCGAACAAAAUCCGAUCUUUUAUGAAAUUAUGUGGUGGCAGAGCAGGCAGGCAGGGGUGGUACCUCCAAGGAGAGGAUAUACAGGUACACCUGAGUCAUUAUACAAUUUUGGAAGAAACAACAGAGUUCAUACACCUGAAAAAACAAAGGGGCCAAGGGGAGCUCUGCUAGGGGAGAUUCAGCAAGUGCCACCCCAUGGUGCAGGGCGUUGGCGAUGGAUGAUCAUUACUCCUGAGGGGGAAUGGGGCUGGGCGUGGCAGCCUCCUCAAGGGCAGUGGUUCUGGCCGACGGUUCCAGGUGAUACCCAGUGGCGAAUGACCAAGUGGCCAAAUGCUGCACCAGUGCUGCCUCUACUACCAUUAUCUGCCCAGGACCAGAAAAUGGAUAAUCCAGAGAAUGUGGGCCAUAUGGUAGGGAAGGAGUUUGGGAUGUUCUUUGCUCAUGCCACGGCCUUUGUCCUCCUAUUCUUACAGUGUGGAACUCCAGAGUAUAUUGAUCAGCCUCAUCAGAGAUACGAAGAGGCAAUGGAUAGUUAACUGCAGAGUCAUGCUGUUUUCUCCCAUUGCUGAGGCACAGCUGAGAGGAGUUUCGAUGUUCCAAUGCUGGCAAGAUUUAAGUUGAAGGCUGCAGCUACGAGCUUGUGGGCUGAUUCGCAAUGCGUUCCAGUUUGAUCAAGUUCUCCAAAAGUUGCACUGAUGAGCCAAUGCAUUGCUGAGUGAAUCUUUUUGUAAUUUUCUGUUGCUUAUGUCUACUUACUGAAUCAGUGAAUCUUAUUGAUUCAUGUUGCUCAUGACUUCCUUGUAAAAAAUUAACAUACUAUAGCAUCUUACCGGAUCUUUUUUUA